GAGCUGAGUGAGGGUGCAGCGUAGUCUCAGCACGGACCAAAAUAGCUUGCCGCUUAACCACUGACAGAAUGGAAGUCAGCAUGGAUAUGCUCCACCAUUCAGGCAUCCAAGCCACGCACUACCUCCAAGCAAGCUACCCGGGAUCCCAGGAUUGGUUCCUCUUUAUCUCUUUUGCUGCUGACCUCCGAAAUACCUUCUUUGUCCUCUUCCCCAUCUGGUUCCACCUCUGCCAAGCAGUGGGGAUCAAGCUCAUCUGGGUGGCUGUGAUCGGUGACUGGUUGAACCUUGUCUUCAAGUGGAUCCUGUUUGGGCAGAGACCAUACUGGUGGGUGCAUGAGACCAAUUUCUACCACAACACUUCAGCCCCUACAAUCCAGCAGUUCCCUGUUACCUGUGAGACUGGCCCAGGGAGUCCCUCUGGUCAUGCAAUGGGUUCCGCUGGUAUAUACUAUGUGAUGGUGACCGCCAUCCUCUCAAUCAUCCUGGGGAACAAGCAGCCAUCAUGGAAGCACCGUCUCCUGCAGACAGUGCUGUGGACCGCAUUUUGGGCAGUCCAAGUCUGUGUCUGUCUGUCUCGGAUCUUCCUUGCUGCCCAUUUUCCUCACCAAGUCAUUGCUGGGGUCAUCUCAGGCAUGUUGGUUGCUGAGUCUUUCCAGAGCAUACACUCCAUCUACAAUGCCAGCCUGCGGAGGUACUUGGGCACCACUCUCUUCCUCUUCUGUUUUGCCCUGGGCUUUUACCUGCUGCUCAAGGUGCUGGGUGUGGACCUCCUAUGGACUCUGGAGAAGGCCAAGAGGUGGUGUGAGCGGCCAGAGUGGGUCCACCUUGACACGACGCCAUUUGCUGGCCUCCUGCGCAACUUGGGUGUGCUCUUUGGACUGGGCCUGGCCCUCAAUUCCCCGAUGUACAUGGAGAGCUGCAAGGGGAAACAAGGGCAGCGGCUGGCCUUCCGACUGGGCUGCAUCUGUGCCUCGCUCGCCAUCUUGCACCUCUUUGACUCUUUCAAGCCUCCUGCCAAGGUGGAGCUCCUCUUCUACUUGCUCUCUUUUUGCAAGAGUGCCGCUGUGCCCCUGGCAGCCGUCGCCCUCAUUCCCUACUGCGUCUCCCAGCUGCUCAGCCAGCAGAACAAGAAGACAGUAUAGUGGUGGGGGCUGGAACUUUGAAUUGAAGCAAAUGAAAAGCUAGGACAAUGCCAGACCUCAGCGGCCAAAGGACUGCUACAUGAGGAUCCCUGUUGUCUAGGUAUUCUAGGAUGGCUGAGCAAUGCAGUCCAUAUUGCCCAGGAUGCUUCAUGACCCCUGCUGGAUUCAGGGUGAGGUUGAUCCACUGUCCCCUAAAACAUCAGUCAGGCCUUCUGCUGUUACUCCCCACCCAGGGCUGCUACUAGCGUACAUUGCUGCCCGUACUCUACAUCAGGCAAGGCAUAAUGUAGAGAGGUACACCUGCCCUCUUGCCCACCACUGGGGACAUCAGUUGUCAGCUGAGGUGAUGAGGUUCUCCACUUGAGAGCAUGCUGGCACAUGGUAACAAGGAUAUCUCAGCUGUAUCCUGUCUUGUGAGAGGGUUGGCAAUGCAGAAGCAGGGAAAGGAAGUCACCUGAGCAUGACUUCCUGAAGUCACUUCCUCAGGAAGUCACCUGAGCAUGACUUCACAUGCUGUGUGACAUCUGUGACACACACCAACAUUGUCUACACCUCAGAGCAUCAUCUCUUUGGUACAAUUGGCAGGUAGUAUCAGGUCAGAUGGUUGUCCUUGUCUGUGUUAUGGGGAUUUCCCAUCACUAAGAGAUGACUGGUAUAUUUUUGGGUGCAGAGAAGGAAGUAAGGAAGCAAAGGUGAUGAAUCCAUUCAUGGCCUACCACAGCCAUGGGAGGAGGAAGGGAGGAGAGCUGGUCUUGUGGCAGCAAGCAUUAAUUCCCCCCUUUGAUAAGCAGGGUUUAUCCUGAUUUGCAUUUGGAGGGGAGACUACAUGUGAACACUAUAAGAUAUUCCCCUUAGGAGAUGGGGCCACUCUGCAAAGAGCAUCUGCUUUGCAUGCAAAAGGUCCCAAGUUCCUUCCCUGGCAUUUCCAAGAUAGGGCUGAAAGAGACUCCUGUCUACAACCUUGGAGAAGCCACCACCAGUCUGUGUAGACAAUACUGAGCUAGAUGGACCAAUGGUCUGACUCAGUAUAAGGCAGCUUCCUAUGUUCCUAACUGGCUGAUUUAAUGUUUAAUACCCAGAAAUCUGGGCUUUUGUACAUGUCUGCAUGCCAUAUUUCUAUAUUUGUAUCUAGAUAUUUUUGUCAUUAAUAAAGCAUUUAGUCUGUU